UAUUGAUCUGUGGUGGGUGACAUUUGUGUGAUCUUUUGUUUUGUUGGUGUUAGAUUGAAAUUUUUUAAUAAAUAAACAAAACGCCGAUAUGGGCCGCCGCAAAUCGAAAAGAAAGCCUCCGCCAAAACGAAAAGCCAUAGAACCUCUGGAUCAACAAUUUAACUGCCCUUUUUGUAACCAUGAAAAAUCUUGUGAAGUUAAAAUGGAUCGAGCCAGGAAUACAGCUCGAAUACAAUGUCGGGUAUGCUUAGAAGACUUCCAAACCACAACAAAUGUUUUAUCUGAGCCCAUAGAUGUUUAUAAUGAUUGGGUGGAUGCAUGUGAAACUGCUAAUUAAGUAUUUACUGUAAGGUUAUUUUAAGAAUCAAUAUGUGUAUUUUAAAAUAAUACUUUGUGUUUGUCUCAAUAUGACAUCUGUAAUAAAUCAAUUAAAAAUUC